CUUACAUGAUUGAUUUCCGCAGAAGAAGACGAUGAAUCCCACUUUGAAAUGUUGUUGUCUCAUGUUGAAAAAGUGAACCUGCCGCCUUCUAGGUUUCCGAAGUUUCUUAACGAUUAAAGAGUCAGUUAACAGAUGGCGUUUUGAGCUUGUUAACGUGUGAAAAUAGUUUUUAAUGUACAAUGCUAAACUGAGACGUUAUUGCUGUUUGUGAAUGGCUGUACAGCUAUUUGAAGCUAGCUGUCACUAGCUAACAGUGAUGUUCUCGUCGUGGACUGAGCGUCAGGGGCAGGUGGGAGACCUGAGAAACCAGAGCAAAGAAGAGCUCCAAGAACUUCUCGUGCGACAGGAGAAGAUACUCUCCAACAAGAAGUUAGUACAGACUCUUCCUGACAAAGGGAAAAAGAUCAAAGAAUUUGCUGAGAAAGUUCGCCUUGCCGUUGAACACCAUGAUGAAGAGGAGAGGAGACAGAGCCUGGUGUCUGCUGCCAGGACAGAGUUACAGUCCAAGUACCAGCAGGCUUUCACCGUGCAGCAGCGACGUGCUGUCCCCAUCACACCAGUAGCAUCAUACCAAAACAGGCAAAGUGAGGGUGCUGCAAGCGAUGUGAUGCAGGAGAGGGAGACCUCACCUGCCGCACAUGUGCAGGAAAACAACACUUUGGACGAGCAGCAGGACCAGCUUGUCUCCAGAGUGGCUGCUGGUGAAACCAUGGAGACAUCUGCUGCUGGGGCCUCUCUGAACUCUGAUGAGACAAAAGAGGGAGACCUUGUGGAGGCCUUGGGAAGGGUCAGACUGUCUGAAACUAGUACUGGUUUCAAUAGUGAGUCCAAAGGCCCAUUAAACAGCACAGCAAGAGACAAUUACUUUUUCAGAAAGCAGAUACCAAAAAAGCCCCGCUAUGUAACUGUUCUGGAAAGAACAGAGAAGACUCCAGCUCCCAGGAAACAAAAAUUCAAACCAAAUCAGCUGCCCCACGGAACUGAGAUCUCUUCAUCAGGAUCCUCAUCUCCCAGCCAGUCUUCUGAAGGCUCAUCGCCACUUUCGGCACAAGCCAGGAGAGAGCGGGACAGAAAACACCUGGAUGACAUCACUGCAGCCAAACUCCCUCCUCUUCAUCACAGUCCGGCUAAGCUUCUGUCUCUGGAAGAGUCAGCCAUCCUCCUGAAGGAACAAACUAAGAAGCAACAAGAGGUGCAGGCCAAGCUGGCAGCCCAGAAACUGUCUGAGGGAUUGAAGGUCUCUAUGGGGAGCUACACUCCUGACUGUGGCCCCAUGGCAGCCUACAGAGAGGUUCAUGAUGAAGGAGCCCAGCUCUCCUCAGAGGAAGACUGAUCCUGGAAGGCCAAAGCUGGGGAAACCAGUGUGACCUUGGCCCUGAGGGAAGCAGGCUUUGGACCUCGCAAUCAGGACCCAUCAAACAGGAUUUUCAUUCCAAGGACAAGAAUUCUUGAGAGAGGAAAAGGGGUCUUUGCACGGAGUGAAGGCAUAGUUGGUAGCCCAGACUCAGCUCAGGAAACUGAAUGGUUGAGAAACUAGCUUACUUAUUUGUCAUUCAGAUCGUACUGGGUUCAUUUAAUUCAGUUGCUGAAUAGGAGUUUUAAAUGAAAAAAUUUAAGCAUGUAUCACAAGAGAAAUGUUUGCUGAAACCGAUGAUGAUGUGUUAAUCAUUAUGUGCAUUGAAAACUCAUCAGGUUGUGAUGCGGACUGUUUUGGCACAACUAUGUUAACAGUUAUGUCUGUAAAAUAAACAUGACACUGCAGGUAGUUGUGUCACAUUCAGUCGGUACAGAAGAAGGCCUAACACAACUGAAUAAAUAGACCUGAUUUCCCAAA